GGGUGGUGAGUUGGACCGUAAAGUUAUGGAGAAAUUCCCACACCACAUGGGAAUCAGAGAAAGGUGAUGUCUAUGAAAGUCAAACUUAUUACAAAUUUGACAAGCAUAUUUCCCAUUACAGAGGAGAGACAAGAAGUAAUCAGCAAAAAAGCCCCCUUUCUGAUAGAAAUGGAUGGAUUAUUGAAGAGGUCAUGACUCAAAUAGUUGCAGUGUACCCUGGUUAGUGUUUUGUUUUUCUCCCUUUUUUCUCUCAGUUUAUACUUUUGAUUUUGGUGCUGAUACUAAUAAUAUUGAAUCUAUACCUAUAUGAAUCUUCAAUAAUAAGGAGUUUAAGGAAUUCUUCUCAUCCUCCACUCUUCUUUGUGAUUCGUAUUUGUGGUUGUAAUCUAAGAUUUUUAUGGGAAGGUGUUUCUGUUUUUGUUUUUGUCUUUCACUACGUUUUAGAAGGAGCAUUUUUGGUACUGCCUAGGUUGUUAUACAGAUGAUGACUGUCAUCUUUUUAUUUAUACAACUUGCUUUAUCAAUAGAAAAAUAAUAUUAAAUCUAUACUUAUUAAGGGUUGAGGCAACUAAAGAUGAUAGAUUUGGAGCUUUAAGUAGGUCACAGUAUGGUCUCAUGAGUUUCCUAGGUCUCGUUUCCUUUACUCUCAUAUGUGAUAAGUUUCAAUUCUUGUAUUUGAUGACCUUAUUUGUUUUAUUUUUCCUUUUCUCGUUCUCUGGUCUGGAGAUUCUCUGUUAUAUUUUCUGGGUUUCAGUCAGUUUUGCUCAGAGUUGUCUUCUUCAAUGGCGGCUCUUAACACUUCGACAAGAAUGUCUCUCCUCAAACCCGAGAGGACCCCUGAUUUUCUACCGUCCUACAAGCGCCUUAGCGAUUUCCUUUCAUUUCAAUCCAGACCCAGAAAGAAACAUGCCCAGAAGAGCCAUGCAUUCACUGUUAGAUCCAUGAUGAUAGCCGAGGAGAGAUACCGAGGCCAGCUCAACUCGCCUAAUGGCCUUGCGGGGAGCCCUGACAAGUACUCUCUUUAUGACGAUCAGUCCAUUGAAUAUUACUCUAUGGGCCAGGCAAGGGUGACUCCGAACAGUCGAAGAAAAAUGAAGAUAGUUUGUACAAUUGGUCUCGCCACAAGUACAAAUAAAGACUGGGAAGAUAUCAAGUUUGGAGUGGACAACCAAGUCGAUUUCUAUGCUGUCUCUUUUGUAAAAGAUGCUAGAGUAGUUCAUGAGUUGAAAGAUUAUCUUAAAAGUUGCAAUGCAGACAUUCACGUGAUUGUAAAAAUUGAAAGUGCAGACUCUAUCCCAAAUCUUCAUUCAAUUAUUCCUGCAUAUGAUGGGGCAAUGGUUGCUCGUGGGGACCUUGGAGCUGAACUUCUGAUUGAGGAUGUUCCUCUGUUACAGGAGGACAUAAUUAGAAGGUGUCAGAGAAUGCAGAAACCAGUUAUUGUAGCAACAAACAUGCUGGAGAGCAUGAUUAAUCAUCCUAUGCCAACAAGGGCAGAAGUCUCUGACAUUGCAAUUGCAGUACGGGAAGGUGCUGAUGUGGUCAUGCUUCCUGGAGAAACUGCCCACGGAAAAUAUCUAUUGAAAGCUGUCAAAGUAAUGCAUACUGUGGCAUUGAGGACUGAGUUAAGUCUACCAAUUAGCACUGCUCCUCCAAAUUUAUUAAGUACAUAUAAGGUAUCUGCAGAUCAGUCUACCUACAAGUUUCAUGUAUUAAGUUAUUGAUAAUAUUAAAAAAUAGGGCACACCGAUGUAUCGUAUGCGUUAGGCCCCAUGUCAUCACAAUGCGAUAUGGUACAUCCUUUUGCUUCACAAAAUACCAUGUAAGAACAAGUGCUGGUGGUAUGUGGUGCUGGAUGCCUUUGCCAACAGAUCAUCGGUCUCUAUUUAGCUAGUCUAUGUUGAAGCUGCUAUGAGUACUGCUUACUGAAUUCCUUCUGAUUACUUCGUUUACAUACUUCUACAGAGCCACAUGGGUGAAAUUUUUGCUUUUCAUGCCACAACAAUGGCAAACACUCUUAAUACACCAAUUAUUAUUUUCACAAGAACAGGAUCUAUGGUUGUACUCCUAAGUCAUUAUCGGCCAUACUCAAUAAUAUUUGCCUUCACAAAUGUGUAAGUCUAUCAUGAGGAAUGAUAUGUAAUUCAUCUCCGAUGUAUCAAUUCUAUCUGUAAUUUUGGUUCAUAAUUACUCUUCAGCGAUUCGUAUGCUAACACAGUGCGUUUAUUAAUAACAUGGCUUUGGGAAA